UUCCUUCUUCAUUCGUUAAUUGGAGAAGAUUUGCUUGUUAGAAUUUAUCAGGGCUUGCGGACCAUUUCUUUUUAUGACGUUAGAAUUGGCCUCGUACUUCGCUCUCCGUGUAUACCCCUCACUGUGUUCGCUCACCUAAAGAUCCUAUCAAUGAUUGCAAGAAGAGGCAGUAACGAAGGAUUGAUGAAGAUACGAAUAAUCAAGUUCUUUCACCUAUAAAGAUGUGGUAUCUUGAGCCCUCAAAACUAUAACCCAUACGUGACACUGCAUGGCGACAUCUGUACACCUCAACAAAUGGCAAUCGAUUGAUUCCCCCAUGAGGCGUUGGAUGUUCUUCCGAAAUGAUUAGCUCAAGUACAAUGUUUCAAACACAGCCAUACGCGUGUUGAGGGUUCCACCCGUAUAAUCCGCUUAGCCGAUUUUAUACGCGCAAAGCGACUCGUAUAGCGAUCCGAUACGCGUAUAGUCAGUGAAUGCGCGGACAACGAGCAGAUCAAUUCCCCAUGUAUACGCGCACGUCGAGAUUGCAUUCGUCAUGGAAGGUCGAACGAGGGAGCAGAAGGAAUAUAAGGAAUGGAAGAAAGUUCGCUCUUUUUUCUGAACGCCAUACUCGAUUCAUACACGCGCUGUUUUACCCUCUUAUCGACAACUAUCUUUUACUACCCUCCAAAUUAUCUAUACCACGAUGCGUUUCAUUGCACUUCCCGUUGCUGUAUUGGGCUUCUCCGUUCUGGGCUGGGCUGACCCAGUGCCCGAGUGGCAUCCCCCUACCGUGACUGAUUUUCGAGGACCAUGCCCUAUGAUGAACACUUUGGCGAACCAUGGCUACCUCCCUCAUGAUGGCCGUAAUAUUACCAAGGAGGCUGUUGUUAGCGCUAUGGGUUCAGCACUCAACUUUGAUCCGGCUCUUGCCAAUAUCAUGUUCGAGCAGGCCGUCAUCGCUAACCCUGAGCCUAAUGCCACUUUCUUCUCCCUUGACGAUUUAAAUCGUCACAACGUGCUAGAGCACGACGCCAGCUUGAGCCGCAUGGACGCAUACUUCGGAAGCAACCACGUGUUUGACCAAGCCACAUUCAACGAAACGCGUGCGUACUGGGGUCCGAUCAUCGACGCUGACAUGAUCGCCAACAGCAAGGUGGCUCGCCAACUCGCGUCCAAGGCCUUCAACCCGACCUACCGGUUCACCGAACACAUCGAGGACUUCAGCUUGGGAGAGAUGGCUGCGCCUUUCAUCGCUUUUGGCGACAUCAAGAAAGUAACGGUUGACCGGGAGUUGGUUGUAUACCUAUUUGAGAACGAACGUCUUCCUACGGAGCUGGGGUGGACGCGCAAGACCCAAGUGAUCAAGGUGGAAGAUAUCUUAGCCAUCAAUGGCAAAAUCGGGGCAGCCACGAGCCUAUUCACAGUCGACAAUGCACCGAACACUACCGCACAUGAUAUGAAUCGACGCCGAGACUUGCAUGCAGGCAUUCCCUGUUGAAAAAGUCGGCUGGAACAUGAAGCGUGUUGGUACAUAUAGCACAUAGUAGAUAUGUCCUG